AUAAAAAUGGGCAAAUAUUGCACAAUCCAGGUGUGCAAAGCUCUUAGAGACUUACCCAAGACACAGCUGUAGGGUGAGUACUUAUCAAAUCAAGAUAUAUUAGUGUUGUAUUUUACAUUAAUCUCAAUGGAAAUCUUUGACAAAGUAUUUUGUGUAGAUCGUUGACAAAAAAAAUGACAAUUAACUCAAUUUUAAUCCCACUUUGUAACACAAUAAAAUGUAAAGAAAUCCAAGGUGGUGAAUACUUAUGAUAGACUCUAGAUAAAUGAAAUACUUUUUCAACACGUUUGAUUUUCUUAGGACUACAAUAAAGUUUAAUACCGGAGAGAAUGUGUUUGUAUGUUGAUACAAAAUAUUUUGUUGGUGUACUCUUUCUUGUGGAACAGGACCUGAAAAGGCAUGAUUGUCAUGAUUUCAACCUUUCUGAAUAAAAGUCUUGAUGCUAAACAGCAAACAUGAUUGUUGAAAAGAGUACUUUUCAGUAACAUGCGACAAAACCAAAAUGCCUAUUUGGGUACUGUGGCUCCAGACCUGUUUGACCUCAGCGAGGGAUUGACGCUGCUAAAAAAGUAACACUGUGUUUAAAGUUUUGGGCUAUUUCUUAUCUCACUUAUUGAUUAGAACAAUUAGACUAUGAGCUCUCCUAUUUCAAAAUGUCCCAAUUCAAAACAGUUUCUGCAAGCUGAUUAUAGUGUUUUACAUUUCAAUGAGCUUACUCUUGCGGCUUCAUGGGGACAGUUGGAGACGGGAAAACUCUGUUUGCCGUCACCCAAAGUGGAAGGUUUGACAGGAUCUACAAGGAGAGGAUGAAAUGUUUCCCUCUGGAGUUUCUUAGGGAUGUAUGAACUGUGAAUUGUAACAGGCAUACUGUUGAUAAGUGUUUCAAACAUUUUGACAGGCCUACUGUUGAUCGCCAGCCUGUCUCAUAAGACUUGCUAUGUACAGAAUGUCCUGAUAUAGCUUGUCCAUGAGUGAAGAAAGUGCUUGAACCCAAAAGUAAUUUGGGUCAACCAUUUAGUUAAGCAACAGAAAUAACUUUGUGUGAACUUAUAAUUAGUGUCCUAUCCAAAGCUCCUAGAGUGAAACAAAUUGAUUAGCUACAGCACUGAGCGAAUAUUUUAUUUCUGUACUAAUUAGAGACGUGCUGUGUAUAUGUAAUGUAGGCUAUUAUAUGAGACAUACUAAUAAAGUGUCCUAAACCCAUUAUGUAUCUUAGCAAACACCAUAGACAUAAUAAUAAUAACAUAUUCUGUUUCCAUUACUCAUUAUAUUUGUUAUUGUCAUUAGUCAUCCUUUGAAAAAAAUGAUUUGACGUCACUAAACCAAUCACGUGUCAGAUUGGACUGAUUAUAGAAUAAGAAAACCCCAAACAUUACCAACAACAGUGGACCCCUUGUUUAGGAAUGUGCUUUUGUAACCCUUCUAUUUCCAAAUGUAUUAAUAAGCCGAUGCUGAAACAUAAUCGUGUAAUAAAGAGCCUUUCUCCGCCAAAACCCCUUCUUUCUUGUAACAUUGUGCACUACACCAGAUAGGAAAGUGGUGCCUGCUUGGUGGUACAGUUUGUGUCAAUGCCAGACUCAGUGUUUGCUAUUAUUUCUGUUAGUGUUUGCUAGUAUUUAUAUUAUAGAGAUAGAUUGAUACUAUCUUAGUGUAUCAUGAUUGCAAAAGUGAGAAUAGUUUACCAUAUCACAGCUUUCAGCUGGUAUGCCUUUAUCAUUAAGUCCCUGGCUGCUAAGGAUGGAGAGAAGUUACCACCUGGGAUCUUUGAGUAUGGUGGACCCUGGAAGUACCUUACUUUCCUCAACCUGUUAUUGCAGAUGGUGUUCUUUGGGAUGGCCGUGGUGAAUGAUCUUCAGACUGGGAAAAACACAGUCAAGGGUCUUAACAAGUGGAAAGACCUCAUCUUCUCUGUCCUUGCCUUCCCUGUAGGCAUGUUUGUGGUGCUGCUUUUCUGGGUGAUCUUUGCCUACGACAGGCAGCUUGUCUACCCAGAAUCUUUAGAUGCCUUCUUUCCUCUCUGGAUGAAUCAUGCUAUGCACACCGUUGUUAUGCCUGUCUUACUUGGGGAGAUCCUGCUUCAACAUCAUGUGUACCCAAAGACUAAAAACGGCUUAGCUGCCUUAGGAGUUGUGGGCUUGGCUUACUUGGGCUGGGUGAUAUUUAUCUACUUGGCGGUAGGUCUUUGGGUGUAUCCUCUCCUCGGGCUCCUUAGCACCUUGGGUGUGUUGGGGUUAUUCCUCUUAAACAUGACAGUGGUGGCAAUGAUGUAUCUGCUAGGACGGACCCUAAACAACUGUGUCUGGGGAAAAGGCAAGACGGUGACUAAAACUAAAUGAAACUCUGCUCAUUUUCCUUUUUGAAUCCAUUGCGGCCUGAUACAUUGUUGUCAAACAGAUUUCGCCAACAUGCCUCAAGAAAUACUGUAUGUGUAUGAAUAGAAAUUGCACACAGGGUCUUAUGUCACAAGUACUGUCCUCUGACAACAUAGUUUCUAACAGACAUGCUGUUGUUUUUCUUUUUUCAAUAAAUGUUAUCAGCAUCACAAUUACAAAAUAUAACUCACAGUUGAAAAAAUUGAAAUCCCAGGUAGGCCUACAUCAGGUUGAUUGGUUAUGUCCUUUUCUACCAGGAAGUUAUCACAACAUUCUCAAAACAAUCGUUCUCUACUUACCAAAAUUCUCUAACUACAACUUGACCAAAUGAGAAUAUGAGAGUAAACAAGGGGUGAUAAAAUAUCUCACCAAUUGUUAUAACUUUUUCUCUUGAGAUUGGAAUAUCGUUGUGUUUUCAUAACGUGUGGAAAUCAUGAAACAGUAUGUGAACUAUUAAAGUCUCAAAACCAUGGUUGUGUGUACUUUUACCACAACAGGAAAUUGGAUGUUUGCUUUUAUGACCAAACAUGUAAUUAAAAACAUGAUGUAAAUACGAUGUAAGUCAUGUUCCUUUUGGAGGUAUAAUUUCAUUAUUCAAUCAUUAACAAAUAAAAUAAAAGGGCAGCAAAUCACUGCAAUGACAAAUGUGG